AUGAGUGACACAGAAAAGUUUGAGGUUGAUAGAAAUGGGGAUCCUAUGAGUUACUCUUCUGGUGUGCCUCCUGAUUGGAGCUUUGGUGGUGGGAAUCUUGUGAAUUCUUCUGCUGGGUUGGUUUCUAUUGGUAAUUCUAUGAGUAUCAAUAGAGGGGAUUUGGUUGGUUCUUCUCCAUGUUCCUCUGCCUCUAUGGUGGACUCUUUUAGUCCUAACUUUUGGGACCAUUCAGGAAAUUCCCAAAAUUUGGGAUUUUGUGAGAUGAAUGUUCAACAUAAUGGGAGUUCUUCGAAUGCGGUUGGAAUUAGAAAAGAUGGGUUUGGUUUUGGAAGAGGUGGUCAUGAUCAUGGAAGACUUGAAAUGGGUUGGAACCAGGAUGCUGAUUCUGGUUUUAUUGAAAGGGCUGCGAGGUUCUCUUGCUUUGGUGGAGGGAAUUUUGGUGAUGUGAUGAGCUCGUAUGGGAUUCCUCAAUCCAUGGCUAUGUAUGUCGGUGGUGCGGUUCAUGGAGGUAGAGAUGCUCUUGCGGGCGUUGGAUUGAAAAUAGCAACUGGGGGACAAUCACAAGAAAGUAGUGAUCCUAAUGUAGUUGAAGGAGCUACAAAAGGCGUGUCUCCGUCUAUUGAGCAAUUGGUUACUAGAGGAAGCCCUUUAAUGAAUGAUAAAAAGGCGAGUCGGGCGAUGAUGGUGGUGGUGGCGGACAGGGUGGUUCCCCCAAUGUUGGAGGGUACUACUAGUGGGGAGCCUUCUAUUAAAGGAUUAAACUCGAAGAAAAGAAAAAGAAGUGGACAGGAUGUUGAUAACAAUAAAGCUAAUGAAGUUCAAGAACUACAAAGUGAAGGGGCAAAGGACAACCCUGAGAAUCAACAGAAGGGAGACAAACAACCAACUUCGACAAGUAAGGCCAAACAGGGCUCUCAAUCUUCUGAUCCACCUAAGGAUGAAUACAUACAUGUCAGGGCUCGCCGGGGUCAAGCAACAAACAGCCAUAGCCUUGCAGAGAGGGUGCGGAGGGAAAAAAUAAGUGAGAGGAUGAAGUUUCUUCAGGAACUUGUGCCUGGAUGCAGCAAGGUGGUCACUGGCAAGGCUGUAAUGCUGGACGAAAUCAUCAACUAUGUACAGUCACUUCAACGACAAGUUGAGUUUUUAUCUAUGAAACUUGCAACGGUAAAUCCCCGGCUGGAUUUUAAUAUUGAUGGCCUUCUUGCUAAAGAUAUUCUUCACCAAAGGCCUGGUCCUUCAUCAGCAUUAGGGUUUCCUUUAGAGAUGUCUAUGAAUUUUCCUCCAUUACAUCAACCUCAACCAGGGCUGAUUCAAUCAGUUAUUCCAAACAUGACAAACCCGUCCGAUAUCCUUCGUAGAGCUAUUCAUCCACAAUUGAGUGGAGGGUUCAAGGAGCCAAAUCAGAUGCCUGAUAUGUGGGAGGAUGAGCUUCACAAUGUCAUACAAAUGAGCUUUGCAACAACUGCUCCCACGAGUAAUCAAGAUGUCGAUGGUACUGCUGCAUCAAAUCAGAUGAAAGUUGAACUUUGA